GGCAGAUAAAAUGGCUAAAAUGGCUAGAAGAAGAAGAAGAAGAAGCAGCAGAAGAAGAAGAAGAAGAAGAAGAAGAAGAAGAAGAAGAAGAAGAAGAAGAAGCAGAAGAAGCAGAAGAAGCAGAAGAAGAAGAAGGAGAAGAAGAAGAAGAAGAAGCAGAAGCAGAAGCAGAAGCAGAAGCAGAAGCAGAAGCAGAAGCAGAAGCAGAAGCAGCAGCAGCAACAAACGUUCUCCAGCGCGCUGAAAUUCAAACGUGGAGGAGGAGGAGACUCGACGCAAAAACCUCCAGCUUGUCUUUCGCAAGUCAGCCGGUCCUGUGGGACUUGUGAUAUUUCUCAACUUUCAUACAGGCUUUUUAGAUCAGCAUGGAAGCUGCUGAAGACAGUAGCAUUGCUAACGGUAGCUUGAAGAGGCAGAGAGCGCCUCUAGUAGACCCUGGCGACAAUCUGCUCUUACUAUCAGAGGUCAAUGAUGGUCAGAAGCAUCCACGAUUGGAAUCAAGCGGUCAGGAGAACUGCACUCCAGUUGCCUCUUCGUCUGGACGUGGAGCUGAGCUGAUGAUAAAGCCUGAUACGCCGAUUGUGCCCUCAGUCCGCACACGAGUCCAGCAGCUGGCCCAGAAAGGAGACGUGGCCCAGUAUGGCCUGCCAGAUGGCAGCACUUCUCUCUCCAGCAAAUACCACCAGCAUCUUCUCAGCGAGGCGGACUUCCAUCAGCGUAUGGUGUGUUUCAAAGGACCGCUCUUCCAGGCUGGCCCCGACACCACACACAGCCCAGCCAAGCCCCGUCCACGCAACCUGUCCAGCGUUGUGUCUGGCAUUCAGCACAAACUGCAGGGUGAUGCAACACCCAGCUCGAAGCAGGCUUCUCGCAUUCGCCAGAAUAGGUGUGUUUUAUGUGUGACUGGUCAGGAGCGGGAGCAGGAGCUGAACCAGUUGCACUUGCAACCAAUCAGGGAGAAUGCCUGGCUGAAGAGGAGCAGUUCUGAUCCCUCAUUAUCUCAGGUCGAUGCAGAGAUGAAAGAUGGCACCAUCACAUCAGGAGCACACAGUUCAUCGCUAACAGUAUGUUGGACUGCAGCAUGUUCAUCUGCAGGGCUGAGUGCCCCAAAUGAAGGGCGGCUGCCAACUGAAUUGAAGGAGCAAACCACUGGUCAGGUUGACCUUGGGAGAAGGAAAAGACUAGUUGACAACCAGCCAUGCUCCACCAGAGCCAAGAGACAGACCGUACUACAGCUGUCUUUCUCCGAGGAUGGGGUUUUCUCCAAAGAGGCUGGUGUUGAAGAUCAUAAUGUGCUAGAAUCCACUCGUGAUGAGUCCAAUGCAGAUAAUGGGAAUGUUUCCAAAGUGACGGAAUGGAGUGGGUCAGCUGAAGAAGAUGACAAAGAGGGUGUAUCAUCUUAUGUUGAAGAAAGCAUGGAGCUCUCAACGGAGGAGAAGUUGAGGUUGUGGAGGUAUCCUACUUGUCGAGGUGGAGACUCCACAGAGGAAAGUGACAACAGGCGGUGUGAUGCUUCCAGAGAAAACAGUGACCUGCAGCACAGUGACUGCAGUCACAUCCAGGAUGCUGCACAUCUCAUGCUUCAUGUCAAUGGGGGGACAUUUGGGUCCCCUCAUACACACCAUGGCAGAACACCAAGAGAAGAACAGAUUCACUGUCAUCCAAGAAGCUCUCUAGAAGACCAGCGAUCAGACAAACAUCUAUUGUUUGUGUCUGGAAGUGACGAGGGACAGAAGCAGUCCCGCAUAAAGUAUGGUGCUGCGACUGUCACCUCAAAUAUUUAUGAUAACAAAAUACAAGUGGACACAGAAACAGAGGAGGAAAAUCAACAGGACAUGGAUCAGGUGUCUGAGAAAGGGAGUGGGGCUGUUGUAAAGGUACAAAAUAGUAACUGUGCUGGGAGCGGGACAAAGAUGGUGGAAGACAGUUCCAAGUGUACUGUGGGAGGAGCGCACUCAAAGAAAGUUACAUUUAUCCUGGAACCGGAGUUGAUGAAUAGCUCCAUGGAGUCUGGCUCGUCAGAUGUUGAUCUUAGCUCUCAUGAUGACACCAACACUGCUGAAGUCAUUGACCAGAUGUUUGAGGAGGUGCUGGAUUAUGCUGAAAGAAUUGAGGAACAGCAAUCCAGCAAUGUGGGGACAGAAAAACAUGACGCACAUGUUGAGUCAGAGCGGGGGAAAGAAGAAGACCAGAUAUAUGUCAAAAAAGAAGAGUGUCAGGAUGAACUAUUCCUUCCUACGACCAGCAUCCUCUCUCCUCUCAGCAAGUCUAUAGAGGCUGUGGUAACGCCACUGAAACAGCGCCUGGAAGUCAGCAAGGAAGCAAAUCCUCUAUCUCUUCUCCAGACUGCAGAUGAGACUGCCAGUCCUCUUUACAGUGUUGAUGCCUACCGCACACAAAGGCAGAGUAAGGUGCCCACUAUGAUUCAGAGUGUCACUCCCAGCAUGCAGAGAAGAGCUCCUGAAAAGCCCCAGCCUCGAUCAUCCAACAACACAAGGGAGAAAAUAGCGACACUAAAUGAAGAAGCAGCCAAGCUUCAGAUGGUCAUCAACCAGACCCUACAGGCUCUGAGCUGCUGCACUGAUGAAGAGCACGGACGGGGUUCACUGGAGGAGGCAGAGGCUGAAAAACUGCUGCUCGUGUCUUGUAUGUCUACCAAACGAUGUGAGAAGCGCUCAGCAUGCCUAGCAGAAGUGGCCAUGCUGAGGGAGGAGAGGAGUUCCGAUUCUUCAGGGGAGGAGUAUGUUACGCAGCAGCCCUGCAAAGGGACUGUGACCGUCAGAAAUAUUCAACUUCCUCUCAAGGUGGAAUUUGUCUGCUCCUCGUACAACCGCUCAGGUCAGCCGAGUCACUAUUUCUUCAUCCUGAUCCGCUACGGUGCCAGUAAAAUUGUGGCCACCCCGCUGGCAACAGCCGUCGAUGCUCAGAAUGGAGACACCAUUUCUUUCCCCACUUCUGUCACUCUGAAGGACAUUCGCUCCACUUUCCAUAUUGAUGUGGAAGUAUACAGCCUGUCCCACACAACUAACACUGGCAUGGAUCGUACCACUACCAGGUCACGGGUAACGCCGAGAAAGCUUCUCAGUACCAUAACAAAAACCAGCAGCAGUCUGACAUCUGCUGCUAUUCCAGCCUUCAACACUCAUCGCUCCAGUAACUUUAGUUUGGUGGGGUCCCACAAGAUCACUUUAGCCUCUCUGGGACACAGCAAGUUCCCUUUGGAUAAGAUGACACUUGACAGCAAAAUCAGGAAGCUCCUGGGAGAUGAAUUUCAGGAAAAGGUGCCAUUUAUGUCUCCUUUAGAGGGCAGCAUCUACCUGCAACUAGACAGCCAGAGCCAUUCCUGUGUGCAACACCAAGGCUUCCUGACAAUUUUUGAGUUGAUAAGUGGAUUUGGGCUUUGGCACCGUCGAUACUUCACCCUGGAUGGGUGCACCAUGCACUACUGGAAUCAUCCCAACGACAAGGAAAGCAAGGAAGCUGAGGGCAUUAUCACCCUGUCCAGCUCCCCCAAUCAGUGUGUCCGACCCGUCAAGAGGGACUCGUGUGCUCGACCUUUCACCUUUGAGCUGGUUAGCAGCCUUCCACAAGACAACCAGGAAUCCUUGACCAAGUGUUGGUUUUCGGCAGACACCAAGCAGGAGAGGCUGGACUGGAUGGAGAAGCUCAACCAGGCUCUCUUCGACUUCCACACAUGGAAGCCCACACCAUCCAUCCCAAUCCACCAUCCAUCCAACACCUCCAGGGAGAACCUGAGAGAAAGCAUCUUGUAACCAUUUCUUUUUUUCCUUCACCUUUGCUUUACCUUAAACAUCUCUACUACUUCACUUUCUCAUACAUGUACCUGAUUUGACUUAAAUGAUUUGGGGAAGAUGCUGGCCUUUUGGUUGUAUGCUGUUAAACGUGUGUGUGUGUGUGUGUGUGUGUGUGUGUGUAUGUGUGUAUACAUAUGCACACACACACACACACGUGACCCCAGUGAGGACAAGCACUACAAAAUAGAUGCAUGGGAAAGAAAUGUUUUCUGCUUAAUUGGAGUAAAUAUAUACUGUAUCUCAGAUGUACAAGUACUUUGAUCUCCAUUUUGUGCAGUGUGCUGAUACCACACACACACACAUACAGUUUAUCCAGUAUAGCAAUGAAAUAAUGGGUGAAAAAUGAAUAUUAUUGAUGAUUUCAGGUGUGACAGCUGCUUUUUGUGCUGCUUGUGUUUGUGUGUAUUUCCAUAUAUGUUGUGUGUGUCCAGUGCGAGCACUGGUGAGGUGUGAAGCUGAUUAUGCCAUUUUGUAUAGAAUUAUAUUAACUCUCAUUCUAUGAAGGAAAUCCAUGUCGCAGUAAAGUGAUUUGAUGGGAGAUGAAUGGUCAACCAGGAGGUGUAAUAUUCUUACAUACGUCAAUAUUUGAAGCGUUCAUGCGUUCCUCCUCGCAAGGGCCAGAUGGCAGUUGUGGGGGACACCAGUCACAAAUUUGAGGACUUGAGACUGGCUUGACUGACUCUGUAAAAAGACUUAACUUGCUUGUGACUUCAUGACUUCGACUUGCCACAGUUGACUGGAAAUGACUUGUUGAAGUAGCGUAGUGUCCUCUUUUGAAAUGUUAUUAAUGCCAACAGGAGCGCUCAUUUCCAUCACAGCAUGCACUCACCUCACAUCCCUGCUAUGCUGUUUGCAAGACAAAAGGGAUCAUCACGCAGACCUUGAAAAACGGGCAAAAUAUCAAAAUAAGGAAGCAGUUGGAGAAGGACCAGGAAAUGACACGAUUGAGAAAUGCUGCAUCCUUUUUUGGAAUGUUGCCCAUCAUCCACAAUGUGAGACAUGAACACAUGUUUUCCUUUUUUUGUGCCUUCUAAAAAGAGAACAAUAGUUGGCAAGAGGGAGCUAACAAUGCAUGUAAUGGGACACACCUGUUUUCACUCCAAAGCCCUCUAAAAACGAGGUUUAGUGGUUUUCUAGCCAUGCUGGGAGCAUGCAGUAACAGGUACACUCAUGAUAACGUCAUGCUUGUACAUACAUGUCAGUAUUUUGGGAGCUUCCUUCCUGGGUGCAUUGAUUUCACAUAGCAACAUAGAAAGGAACUAACAAUACUUCUGGCAGCAGCAGCAGCAGCAUAGAAAGCAUACUAAUCACAGCAGAGUUUGUGAGAGCCGCCGCCGGCUACUUUUGGACAAAUGAUGAUCCAGCACCUUCUCUUUUUGAGGAUGAUCUGCAGGUUUUAGAAGCAAGAAGACAGUGAAACUUGGUCAUUACUGCGGCAUGACUUGGUGUAAUUGCAGAGCUGCUGUUUGUGCUGCACUGAGUGGCGUACAGUGUUACCAUGGAUGGAACAGCUUGGUGUGUAUGGCGAGGAGGACGCUGCUCCAGGAUACUGCAUCACAACCAAGAAUUGCUAGCGCUAACAAACUGUGCAGUGGUAGAAACAUUUUUCCAUCUCCCGAAAACCAAGUGAAAAAGACGCCCCAGACCAGAUGGAGUAGGUCACCGUGCUAUUGAUGGUGAUACAUGGAGCACAUGAUAUCACAACACAGUCCAUUGAGCUGUGUAGAAACAAAACAUACUUGACACAUCAUUUGCUAGUCUAUUCCUAGUUGUUCAUACUCUCUUCUUGUUUACUAGUCAGUACACAUCGGUGUCCUACGGUAUUGUUUUGUAGUGGGCCUGUUAUCCCUCAGUCGGGGCAUGAGGCACUGUCAGUACGCCAAAAAAUAGUUGCUGGUGUUAGCUGCAACACUAACGAUGUCACUGUAGCUUGUUUCUAUACAGCUCACUUACACUAUGUAAAUACAACAUUGUUGGCAUUUUUUGUGGGGGGUUUUAGGGCUUUAUAGUCCAAAUAGGUGUGUCCUGUGACAUGCAUUGUUAGAUCCGACAUGCUAGCUGUUUUUAUAUCUUUAGAAGGCACAGAAAAGAGAAAGAUGUGUGUUCAUCUUUCACAUAAGGACUGUGGAUGAUGGGCGGCACUCCCUCACUAAUGUGCACUUUUCCUUUAACUAUGAUGAUGAACCUUACCUGGAAUCACCUUGGAUGUUGAAGAUGAUAUUGGAGUGAAGUUACGCCAAAGUUUUACAGGCCAAGUCCAAGACAGGACAUUGUCAGAGAAGGAGGACCCACAUCUUGUCAAAAUGUGAUGACAUAUACUGUAUAUUUCAUCAGUAUCAAUAUUAGGUGAAAAACUAACGGUCAUAGUGUGAUUGAUGACUUGUAAACAUGUGUGGUGGUGGUCCUCUUUUUUUUUUUUUUUUUAUCCGGAGAGAUCAUUCUGAAACUCCUGCUGUUUUCCUACAGCUGGCUCUAGGGGGCAUAGGAGUGAUGGCGUCCUGGGGGUCCGUUAGGUAUACACAUAUGUAGUGAACAUUUUAUGUGCCAUUUGGGAAUCAUGCAUUUGUUUCCCUAGCAAUAAAUUGUGACCCCCGGGGGUCCCGUUAGGUAUAAACGUGUGGAAUGUAAGUGAUACUGUCAAGGUGGAGGUGAUAUAGAGUAGUUUGACCAACAGCAAUGUGUGUGACACAUGGAAAAGGAGACUGCUGGUCCCUCUGGUGUUUUAAGAAAUGCAUGAGUAGGCACUUGUUGACACUUGUCCUGGAAAGUUGGGACAAGCCACAGGUAGCAUGAUUGCUCAACAAACAGCGUCAUGAGAGUUUUGGCACAUAAACAGCAAAUGUAUGACGUGUCUGUAUGAGCGUUUUACAAUUACAGUGGAAGCUCUGAAGAUCAACACUCCAAAAGUGUACCUCACACAUGUUUCAUUACCAUGAUUCGUUUUCUAUGAGCAGCCAGCCAUGUUCCAUAUAUAUACGUGUACAGUAUGUAUAUUUAUAUGUGUGUAUAUAUGUAGCCUGAGGAAAAGGAAAGUUCAAAAAGUGAUCUCACAAAUGUUUCAUCCAUUUCUCCUAGACAACUUUGAGAUCUGUAUGACACCAAACUGAGACUAAGGUUUAGUUCUGCAGUGUCUCAGAUGCACAAAAUCUCAAUUGUCUCAAUCAACUACCGUAAAGUUUCAUUUGACGUGCCUUGACAAACUAAUCGCAUCUCAUGUAAUGAAGGAACAUACGGAGCCCCGCAGGGGAAAUGGAGAAAAAAUGGGUAAAAAAAAAAAAAAAAAAAGAACUUUUGCGUUCCCUCGCAAAAGAGACAGUGGUAAAGUUAGAAACAUGUUGACAUAUUCAAACUUCGAAUGAUGAUGAAUAAGUCCCAAGUGAAAGGUUCAAAGACAGCAAACAUACCUCUUUCCCACCGUGCAACACAGACCAACAGCUACAAGACACUUUUGAUCAAAACGAGCCAGCAGCGACACCGGAGCACAGGGACCGUCAACAAAUGUCUUCUUCUUCAUCUGUAUUAUGGCGGUUAUCAAUGUUGCCAACUCCUCAGUAAGACAAGUAUCUAUUGGCUGUCCUGGAAGGACAUAGAUGACGUCGUUGGCUAGUUUGCAUGUUUGUUGCAUAUGAUGUUGUAAGAGAUGUAGGAACACAACAUAAGUAUGAUAGAUGAACAUGAAUAUGAUUGUAAGCUAUUUUUUGUGACGCCCUUAUUUGGUACCACCCCCACAGGAUGUGCUGUUAUUUUGAAGGCGGGAAGUGUUGUAGUGUGUGUUGAGGUGACUUGAUGGAAGGGGGGUGAGAGAGACGAGCGGGCGAAUAAUAAUAAACGUACUUCUUGUCACUAACGAGCCAACACGUGAGCUCCGUGCACGUCCUCACUAUACUUUGGCAGCUAAGCUAAUACAAGUUAGUAGGUUGGCUAACUGUCAUUAACUGCCUAAACUUCACGCUUUACCGUCACAGAAACAGCUGGGCUUCCUCACUGGAUAGAUCCUACCGCUGCCACCAAUGUAACCGAGCAGAUUAAGAUUUCCACUAAUAUUUUUGGAGUGCAGAGUGGACAAACGCAGAGGAGCCAGAGCUGCAGGAGGCGUGUUAUUAUUCGCCCGCUCGUCUCU